UUGAUAAGUCAGACGAAUUUAUGACGUCAUUUCGCGCGUGCGCAAACUCUAAUAGAAAAAUGGCUGAAGAGUUCGUGUUCGACCCAAAUAAAAAUUAUGAUGAGGCCACUAUGGCACAGUUACGGGAGAUGGAAAAAGAGAUAGUGGACAAUCAGAAAUUGAUCAGUGAUAGAGUAAGUUUUGAUGCACUUAGUGAAGAAUAUGCUAAGGAAGAUGAAAUCUACCGGACAAAAAUACAGCAGGACUUGAAAAAUAGAUAUCAAUGUGUGAGGAAAACAAGGGGUGAUGGUAACUGUUUCUUUAGAGCAUUUGGCUUUGCUUACCUUGAAAAACUUCUUAAUGACAGGACAGAUUUAGAAAGGUUCAGAGAUGUUGCAAAACAGAGUAAAGCUGAGCUGGUCUCACUAGGCUUCCCAGAGUUUACAAUAGAAGACUUCCAUGAAACUUUUAUGGAUGUUGUAACUAAAGUGGAAAACAGGUGUUCACUAGAUGAAUUAUUAGAAACCUAUAAUGACCAAGGACUUUCAGAUUAUAUUGUUGUUUAUUUGAGAUUACUUGUCUCUGGCUACCUUCAAAAAGAGGCAGAUUUCUUUGGUAGUUUUGUUGAAGGGGGGAGAACAAUGAAAGAAUUCUGUAACCAGGAAGUUGAACCAAUGGGUAAAGAAUCGGACCACAUUCACAUCAUAGCCCUGACAUCAAGUCUGGGUGUUCCGGUUAGAGUGGAGUACAUGGAUAGAGCCGGCACAGACAAAUGUAACAGUCAUCACUUUCCUGAAGAUUCUACACCAUUGAUAACACUGCUGUAUCGACCUGGACAUUAUGAUAUAUUGUAUUCUUGAUGUCUGUGAUGAUACCAUUGUAGUUAAUGUAUGGGUUAUUUAUAGUGUUAAAGCAGUGUAUGGGUGGUGAUUCUUGUGUAGGUGCUGUAACUAAUUUGUAAUAUCCUUAUAAAGGAAUAAUGAUUAAAUUUUGUUUCUUUCUGGAAUGGGUCCAUAUAAUCAGAAAUUGAUAACUUAUAAAAUUUAGGUAAAUUUGGUAAAAGAAAACAAGUUGUGGCAGUCAAACUUGUAAUUUUAGUUACAUUUUUGAAAGGAAAUUAGCAAUGUUUUAUCAAUUGGAAAGGAUCCAGUUAACAAGAAAAAUACAUUUUAUUUACAACAAAAUAUUGAUUUUCAACUGACAAGAAAAUAUUGUUUUUCAACUUGAUUGUACAUGUUUAUUGUUGUAUGAAAUUGUACAUUAGUAAAUGAUGAUAAACAGAUGUUUAUCAGUGAAAUAUAAAUAUUUAUCACCCAUGCCGCUUUCCGACUCUGUCAAAAUGAUAUUGCAAGGCAGUGCAUAUGUUUUGACGUAACAUCAUUUACAUUAUGCAAACAACAUAAAUACGCCCUAAUGUAAAGUGUUACACUAAAGGUGCUGCGGUAACAAAAUGAUUAUUUUUCACUGUAAACAUUUAUUUUCUAGGUAUGUGAAUUUUAGAAUGUUAUAUUUGUGUAUAUUCAUCAAAUAGUUUAUUGAACUUGUUGAGUAAAAUGAAUUGCUGCAUAAUAUUAUUUUAUGCAUGAAGUUGUUCAAUAAAGUCAGUAUUGAAUCUACACUCAUUUAAUAUCCUCUCUAUAUAUAUAUUUCAUUUACUAAACAAUAUUUUUUUUCAUUGGAAAUCAAAACUAAGUCAGUGAGUUAUAUUUAGUAUUCUAAAUUGUGGUUAUUGUUUGUUUAAGACUUUUUCAAAACAAAGAUUAAAGGUACACACUUCGUUUUUGCACUAAGUGUUGAUAUGCCAUUAGCAAGUGAUGGAAAGAAAGUAUAAUAUACACGCAUAUUGUAUCCAACAACCAGUAUGCCUGUAAAAAAGCUGAUAAAUGUUUUUGCUAAGUGAUAGAAACGUCUAGAGUAAAUAUGUAUGUUUAAAUGUAACAUUUAACAAAUUAUUUCAUUGAUUUGAUGUUUUAUAAUACAUCCACCAGUAACAAAGUUGCAUAGGAAAAUUUCUGACUUUCACCACAACUGAUUGUAAUUCUUUCCAUUUUGAUUCUUUCCACAUUUUUAGCUCACCUGUCACAAAGUGACAGGGUGAGCUUUUGUGAUCGCUUUUCGUCCGUCUGUCCGUAAACUUUUGCUUUAAAUGACAUCUCCUCAUAAACCACUGAGCCAAUUUCAUCCAAACUUCACAGGAAUGUUCCUUUGGUGGUCACCUUUAAAGAUUGUUCAAAGAAUUUAAUUCCAUGCAGAAUUCUGGUUGCCAUGGCAACCGAAAGUAAAAUCUUUAAAUAUCUUCUUUUAAACAACCCUAAGAGCUAGAGCUUAGAUAUUUGACAUGAAACAUCUUCUAGUGAGUGUCUACCAAGUUUGUUUAAAUAAAAGCCCUGGGGUCAAAAUUGGCCCUGCCCCAGGGGGUCAUUGAUUUUCCCUAUAUGCAUAUAGUAAAAACUUAAAAAAAUCUUCUUUUAAAGAACCCAAAGAGCUAGAGCUAAGAUAUUUGGCAUGAAACAUCUUCUAGUGAGUGUCUACCAAGUUUGUUCAAAUAAAAGCCCUGGGGUCAAAAUUGGCCCACGCCCCAGGAGGUCAUAGAUUUUCCCUAUAUGCAUAUACAGUCCGACCCCGGUUAUUCGACAACCCUUUAUUCGAAUACCCGGCAUUAUUCGAAGUAGAUCGGCGGUCCCGUUUUUAUCUCUAUAUAAAUCAAUAUAAAUACGAGCGUAUUAUUCGAAAUGCAUUAUUCGAAUACCUCCUAUUUUUCGAGGUAAAAUUCCGGUCCCGAUUAUACAAUUAUGAAAGAAUUUCACACCUAUUAUUCGAAGCCAGUCUAAUUAUUAUUCGAAGCCAGACUAAUUGGCGCAGAUCCACUCGCUGACCGGUCGACAUGUGAAAAAUAUCAACAGUCAUGCGUGCAUUUAGACAGUCAUGAUAAUAACUCUUUGUGUGUUGUUUAAUCAACUUUAAUUACCGAUAAUGAAAAGCAAUGCAACGUGUCCGAUUUUGUUACUGUUAUUGCUUGAAGAUGACGGCAAUUAUUUUCAUACAUACCGUAUAUGUAAAUUUGUCAAAACAUCCAACACAUUUUUUUCAUAUAUUGUAACGCUACAUGAGAGCCUUUUUUCUAAGUUUAGCUGUAAAUACCGUAGUGACAAGGCUUUGCGCGAAGCGAAACGAUACAUCAUGUAGAAUAAAAUGCAAGUAUUUAUGUCUUCAAUGUCAAUACAACAAUUUUUACGCAUCUUUUCUUUAAUAUUUAUUUUCCUCAAUUGAUUACAGGAAGUAAGUGUGUUGUAAACGGUAGUUUUGCUAUGAUUGGUCAAAGUGGAGUAGUUUUCGUCUAUCAUAAUAUUCCAAUUUCGAUUAUUCGAACCCAUCGAUAACUCGAAGUAAAUAUUCAGUCCCAGGCACUUCGAAUAAACGGGGUUGGACUGUAGUAAAAACUUAAAAAAUCUUCUUUUAAAGAACCCAAAGAGCUAGAGCUAAGAUAUUUGACAUGAAACAUCUUCUUGUGAGUGUCUACCAAGUUUGUUCAAAUAAAAACCCUGGGGUCAAAAUUGGCCCCGCCCCAGUGGGUCAUUGAUUUUCCCUAUAUGCAUAUAGUGAAAACUUAAAAUAUCUUCUUUUAAAGAACCCAAAGAGCUAGAGCUAAGAUAUUUAGCAUGAAACAUGUUCUAAUGGGUGUCUACCAAAUUUGUUCAAAUAAAAGCCCUGGGGUCAAAAUUGGCCCCGCCCCGGGGGUCAUUGAUUUUCCUUAUGUAUGGCAAAAACUGAAAAAUCUUCUUUGAAAAAACCCAUAUAGCUAGAGUUUAGACAUUAAGCAUGAAACAUCUUCUAAUCAGUGUCUACAAAGUUUGUUCAAAUAAAAGCCCCGGGGUCAAAAUUUGGCCCUGCCCUGGGGGUCAUUGAUUUUCCUUUUUUGUGUAUAGCAAAUACUUAAAAAUCUUCUUUGAAAAAACCCAAAUAGCUAGAGUUUAGAUAUUAAGCAUGAAACAUCUUUUAGUAAAUAUCUACAAAAUUUGUUCAAAUAAAAGCCCGGAGGUCAAAACUGGCCCUGCCCCAAGGGUGUCAUUGUUUUUAACUAUAUGUGUAUAGUAAAAACUUAAAAAAUGUUCUUUUAAAAAACCCAAUGAGCUAGAACUUAGAUGUUUAGCAUGAAACAUCUUCUUAUGGGUGUCUACCAAGUCUGUUCAAAUAAACAAAUAAAAGCCCUUGGGUAAAAAUUGGCCCGGGGGGGGGGGGCUAUAUACAGGUGAGCGACCUCAGGGCCAUCAUAUGAGGAAUCAUGACCUUGACCUCAGAAUUGUUUUUAUUGUCGGUAAAUGACCUAAAUAUUCAUGCACUUGUUUAAUCAUGAUCAUGUAUAAAAUGUGAAGCUUAGAUCUAUUUACAUUGUUUAAAAUUGACUGUUUUAUUAGAAAAUUCAAUAUAUUCAAAAAGUUGUAAGGUUUUUAUGACAUGCAUGUAAAUAUUUCUGCCCCACAAAAAUAUACUAUACUGUACUUUGCUUUGUUGAUCAAUAUAACACUAAUAAAUACAGACAUUUAA